GCCUCUUAUGUUGGUCAACAGCUCGGGUUUCUGUAACAAGCACAGGAUCUAGAUUCGAGUUAGUAAAGUCGGAGCAGCAGUUACUUUUGCCACGGACUGACUUCACGACAGUCUUUAUUGAGUCGCUAUGUCCAAUUCCCAAGAGCCGGCCCGACAUAACAUCAAUCCUUCCGCAAGCCAGCCCACCACCUCACAGCAAUCCACUUCGCUCAAUAGCCACGAACAACCCGCAAAUAGAGCUUCCAGCAGUUGUCCUUCUUAUACAACAGCAGAUUUAGGACUACGAAGUGAUAAUGCUCAAGCGCGCUCGACUAGUGGCGACAAGCGCGUAACAAAUGGUGUAUAGUAUAUCUACAAGUUAUUGUGUUUGGUGCAAUGUUAUUGUCAAGGUGUAGCGUCCUAUCGCUCGUUGGUUAGCUAGUGUGGGGUAGUUAUCUAGUAGUAAUGG